AUGGUCUAUUUUCAGAUCUAUCUAUCUAUCUAUCUAUCUAUCUAUCUAUCUAUCUAUCUAUCUAUCUAUCUAUCUAUCUAUCUAUCUAUCUUGUUCUAUAUUUUCCUUAUCUAUCUAUCUAUCUAUCUAUCUAUCUAUCUAUCGUCUUCAGAUCUAACUCAGUAUUUUCCCUAUCUAUCUAUCUAUCUAUCUAUCUAUCUAUCUAUAUUGUUCUCUUCAGAUCUAUCUCUGUCUUUUCCUUAUCUAUCUAUCGUCUUCAGAUCUAAUUCAGUAUUUUCCUUAUCUAUCUAUCUAUCUAUCUAUCUAUCUAUCUAUCUAUCUUGUUCUCUUAAGAUCUAUCUCUUUCCUUUCCUUAUCUAUCUAUCUAUCUAUCUAUCUAUCUAUCUAUCUAUCUAUCUAUCUAUCUAUCUAUCGUCUUCAGAUCUAAUUCAGUAUUUUCCUUAUCUAUCUAUCUAUCUAUCUAUCUAUCUAUCUACAUCGAAGAACAGAGCACACGCUAUAUUACAACUGGUUUGGUUUCUUCUUCUCUUCAGCAUAUUUUGCAGCGUCGGGGAAUCGACAGUAGCGGGAAUAGUUGGCGGACGACUUUUAACGCAGAAAAGAAUUCAGUCACAAUUACAACACUUUUUAUUUUCGUCUUUUCUUUCUUUGUCUUUCUAUCCUUCUUUUUAUUCCCUCUUUCUUCGAACUCUGAGGAUAUCUAUAUUGAUUUAUUUCGAUCCUUAUCUUUAUAUUUCAUUCAUUACCUUUAAUCUUGCGUCUCCUUUCUAUCUUUUUUCUUUCUCGUUUCUCCUAAGUGAUAUUUGCUUCUUUCCUUGGUAA